UCAGAAUUGAUUGAGUGCAGCCGAGACGCGUUUAUCGCGGGAUCGAAGCCAAUUAAGACGUCCUGAGACCGGGUCCGGCGUUUGCGCAUGCGCCGCAUGUGUCGGUUCGGUUCUCUGAGCCUUCCGGCGGUCCGUAGCUGUGCGCAUGUUAUUUUAAGAACCUGCUAAACUUUCUGGAUUCUGCUGGAGCUCCAUCAUGGCCUCGUCUAUGUCCAGCCCCGCGGCCGCUUCCACACCCGCGGCUCCCUCCUCCAGCGGCCGCUCCAGCCGCUCCGCCAGCCGGCGCACCACAGCCGCCGGCCUGUCCGCGUCCAGCACCAGCCCGUCCAGCCUGAGUCGCAUCCAGGAGAAGGAUGACCUCCGAAACCUCAAUGACCGCCUCGCCAACUACAUCCAGCGGGUCCAGGAGCUGGAAGGCGAGCGCUCCUACAUAAUGCUGAGGCUGGAGGAGAGGGACGAAUCCAAGAGCCGGGAGAUGGGCAACGUGCGGCGGCUGUACGAGGAGGAGCUGGCCGACGUCAGGAAGUCCCUGGAUGGCCUGGCUCAGGAGAGGGCCCAGCUGCAAAUCGACUACAGCAGUCUGUGUGAGGAGUACAGGACUCUUCAGGCAAGGAACCAGAAGAAGGAGAAUGAGCUAGCGAGCGCGAUGACUCAGUGGAGGAAAGCUGAGGCGACCCUGAGCUCAAAGGAAGCAGAAGUCACCAAGCUGCUGUCCGAGAACCGCAGACUCCAGGACGACUUCACCGACCUGCAGAGCCAGCUCGAGCAGGUAGAGGGUGUACUGGCAGACACCAAGAACCAGCUGAGCUCUGAGAUGCUGAGGAGGGUCGAAGUGGAGAACCAGGUACAAACACUGAAAGAGCAACUCGAACUCCAGAAGAACAUCAGUGAGCAGGAGAUUCUGGAGAUCCGCCGCAGACAUGAAAGCCGCCUGGUGGAGGUGGAUUCGGGACGGAGGAUGGAGUUUGAAAGUAAACUGGUUGAAGCGAUGCAGCAGCUGCGCCAGGACCACGAGUCCCAGCUGCAGCAGUACAGAGAGGAGAUUGACCGGGCUUUCAGCUCAAAGUUACAGAAUGCACAGCAGGCUGCGAUGGAGAAAAGCAACGUUGCAUCGGCCACCAAAGAUGAGCUGGAGACCACAAAGCUCAGAGUGGAGACCCUCAGCUCACAGCUGCAGCAGUGCCAGAAAGAAAAAAUGUCAGUGGAGAGCCGCUGUCAGGAGCUGGAGCGAACUCUGGACAAGGAGAGGGAGGUCUGGCACCAGAAACUGAGUCAGAAGGAGCAGGAGCUGCUCAAAAUGAGAACCCAGAUGUACAGUCAGCUGGAAGACUACGAGAACCUGCUGGACGUUAAGGUAGCUCUGGACAUGGAGAUCAGUGCCUACAGGAAGAUGCUGGAGGUGGAGGAGCAGAGGUUGAAGCUGUCUCCCAGCCCCUCUCAGCGGACGGCCAUACCGCGAACACAUGAACACAGCAGCCGAAGGCCCAGAGGGAAGAAACGGAAACAUGAGGGAGAAUCCAGCAGCUCGCCCGCCUACAAGAUGUCCAGCCGUUCAAUGCAGCGCGGCGCUGUGAGCGUGGCAGAGAUCGACGUGGAUGGAAAAUAUGUUAGACUGAAGAACGGCUCUGAGAAGGAGCAGCCUCUGGGUGGGUGGGUGGUUCGGCGGGUGUACCCAGGCUCUGGAGACAUCUCCUUCCACAUCCCCUCCUCCUGCAUCCUGGCUGGUGGGCAGACACUCACAAUCUGGGCAGCAGGUGCAGAGGCAGAAGCUGAUCCCAGCGACCUGGUUCUGCAGGGUCACAGGAGCUGGGGCACCAUCACUGAUGUCAGGGUGAUCCUCCUGAACCCAAACCAUGAGGAAGUGGCUGAGCGCAGGCUGUGCAUGCUGGGUGAGGGUGAAGAUGACGCUGAACUGGAGUUUGAUGAAGAAUUUGUCACAGGCAGUGAAAUGCAGCGCUUUCGCAGACAGGAUCUUUCUAAGGAGGCCAGCUGUGCUGUCAUGUGACCCCCUGGUCUCAAAUAGAACAUCUACCUGCAAAAUCCUGGAGCAGCUCGGGCCUCAAUCUGCUGCUCCUUCCAGGUUCCAGUAGUUUUGUUUUUAGUAGACUACAGUAGGACAGUAACAUGCUGAUCAAGAUCUCACCUGCAUUACAGCACCAGUAUUCUUUCUCUGCUCUAAAUGCACAACAGGACUUUUGCCUUGGUUUUUAUUUGAGUGUUUGUAUGUGAAAUAAACUUAAUAAAGUUUUCUAAACAGUUUA